UUUAUUCUCUUUGAAUGGUCAGACCUUGCCCCUUGGCUGCUCUUUGGGGUACUUGCCGGCUCCUUCUGGGGCUCGACCGUCUCCGUCCCGGUGCUGGGGCAUAACACCCGGAUAACCGAGCAGUGUAUCACCAGUACACAGACCCUCCUUCAGAACAUCACGAAGGCGCUCGCACAGGAGACACCUUUCAAAGGCAUAAACUGUACAAGGGGCAUGGAGUUAAACACAGCAACACAGAUGGUGUCAGUUUGCAUGCCAAGACAAUCAACGUGUUCUGGAUUCUCAAACACAGACUUUGAUCAGGACAAGUGUCUGAAGAAUAUUGAAAAGGAUCUACGCUGCUAUGGUGAAAUGAUGCUAGGCUUUCACCCUGAACUGCUUGAACACACCGUGCUGAACUUCGCGGAGAUUAAGCAGAACUGUUUUGCCCUGUCUCUUGGAGACAGAUCCUCUCAGCAGGACACUGAGGGUUGUGCGUCUGCUCAACGUUUGACUACCCACAAUCCCUUUGAUGAGAGGGUCCAACUUUGUAAGGUGCUGAAGGGGUUGCAGGUUCGCACCAUCACCAUCAACAGGGUCAUCGGCUAUAUUCACGCUGGAGAAUAUAUGUGAGGUGGCCCGUUCCCAGGCUAAGCCAGCACCUGGCGGGCACCUGAGCUGUUGGAGACAGUUACUCAUCACCGUAAUCGCCAUGGUGAUGCCACUCACGAGAGAAUUAUGAUCAUGGACGUUUGUCUUUGUCAAUGUUCAGUCUUACUGAAUUACAGUUUGAGAAAGCUAUUUAGGAUGUGGAAUAUACAGAUGUCAUACAUGUAACUAUUAUUUAAUUUGAUAUUUAUUUAUAACCUA